CACGUCAAGUCGUCAACAAAGCUGUCCUAUCGCGCAUACGGCUCCGGCCUCGAGCAGUGAUCAUGAUGCUUUGACAUAUAUACGCGCGCGCGCCACGCAGACCAAUUAAGCAGCGAAAAAUGGACAAGGCAGCUGCCACCAGUACCCCGCUCCCGGUUCGCACGACGACGAGCAAUGACGGUAAUGGAGCCGACAGCGGCGAGGCGCCGGCGCCGGCGCUGGAGUUGGGGGAGCCGGUCAGCCCCUCCGCGAAGCUCGUGGAGGACUUCUACAUCAUCGUCCUGAUCGGCGUCUCCACGCCCGUGAACCACCCCGCCCUGCGCGCCGGCAUCGAGGCCCAGCUCGCACGCUACCCACACUUCCGCAGCAUCCAAGUGACGGGCAAGGACGGCGUCCUCCGUUGGGCACAGACGACGGUGAACGUGGACGACCACCUCAUCUACCCGAGUCUCGACGCGGCCGCCGUGGCGGCCGACCCGGACAUGGCCGUGGAGGACUACGUGGCGUCGCUCUCCACGACCCCCAUGGACUGGUCGCGGCCGCUGUGGGAGUUCCACCUCUUCGACUUCCCGACCUCCGAGGCCACGGCCACCACGGCCAUCCGCGUGCACCACUCCCUGGGGGACGGCAUGUCGCUGCUCACGCUCCUCAUGGCGUGCACCCGCAGCGCGGCAGACCCGGCGCGGCUUCCGGCCAUGCCGCCGCUCCCGGCACGCAGGGGCGCCAUCUACCAGCGCCCGCGCCCGCCGGCGUCCGCGGGGUGCCUGCAGUUCGCGGCGUGGGUCUGGUCCUUCUUCGUGCUCGCGUGGCAUACCGUGGUGGACGUCGCCGGCUUCUUCGCCACCAUACUGUUCCUCAAGGACCCGCACACGCUCUUCAAGCGGGUCGUCAGCCAUGGGGGCGUUAACCGCAAACGGAUCGUCAACCGGAGCCUUAGCCUCGACGACAUCAAGUUUGUCAAGAAUGCCAUGAACUGCACAGUAAACGAUGUGUUGGUUGGAGUCACGUACGCUGCCUUGUCACGCUACUACUUCCGGAAGUCAGGUGACACGGACACUGACAAGGAAAUCCGUGUGCGAUCAAUGCUUCUCGUCAAUUUACGGCCAACCACAAGCCUACACGCAUGUGUUAAUAUGAUAGAGUCCGGCAAGGGAAGCGAUGUGAAAUGGGAAAAUAGACUUGGCUUCAUCAUCCUUCCCUUCUUCAUAGGCAUGCACAGUGACCCACUUGAUUACGUCCGCAAGGCAAAGAAGGUUGUGGACAGGAAGAAGAGCUCACUGGAGGUGGUUUUUACACAUGUAGCCGCAGAAGUUAUCCUCAAAUUGUUUGGGCUGAAGGCAGCUGGGGCUAUCUUCCAUCGUAUGAUCUCCCAUACGACCAUAUCGUUCUCGAACAUGACUGGCCCGGUUGAGCAGGUGGAGUUUUGCGGGCAUCCAGUUCUGUUCAUUGCCCCUAGUGGAUAUGGACCUCCAGAAGCCCUGACUGUCAAUUAUCAAAGUUAUGUCAAAACCGUCAAGGUAAAUCUAGCAGUGGAUGAGGCACAAUUUCCAGACUGUCAUGAGCUCUUGGACGACUUUGCUGAAUCCCUUGAGCAUAUUAAGGAUGCAGCUUCAAGCCUUGGAAAGCAUUAAGGAUGCAGCUUCAAGCCUUGGAAAGCAUCAUAGAAAGGCUUAAGGGGCUAUUACAUUGCCACUGGAAAACUAUCUUGAUUUUGCUGAAGGAUAAGAUUGUACUAUGGAAAACUUAUUCAUGCUUUCACUCCAAAGAAUAAUUGUACCAUUCAAUAUUACUGGUGUAUUGUAUGUGCUGCAUUAUAGCAACUAAACCUAUAAUGCCGACCAAAUUGAGCAUGUCGAUAGAGUUUGACCCAGAAUUUUCUA